UACAGAUUGUCAUUGACAUUUCUCUGUAAUUAACACGUUCUUGCCAUUUUUGGUAUUAUUUCGACAUGUUCUAUUUUUAACAAUCAUUCUCAUUGGUCUCUGAAAGAGGAAGCAAGGGAGGCUGAGGGUAUAUAUGUACACCCGGGCUGCUGUCUGGCUAACUGUUUCUUGCUCGCAUCUGAAGACUUCAGAGUUGACAAGAGAACUUCAGAAAUGGAAAUAAAACACGUGCUGCUCUUUAUCUCAUUGCUGGUACCUGGAUUGGUUACAGCUGAACCCGACACCGAUGAUCUACAGGGAGAUGAUUACCACAUGGAGUCUCACCAAAACGGAACCGAACAAGAAGUAACCAUCUUGGACAAAGACGGUCGUGCAGUGGGGAAAGUCGACAUGUUUGCAGAUGAAGGAUAUCAAAUUGAAAAACCUAUUGAUGGGGAGGAACACCUGUGUUUGCUGAGAACAAAUGACCGUUCGGAUGAAGAGAGUAAUCAAACAAACAUUUGUUACGUACGUAGGGCAGUGUCGCAUGAGGAAGCCAUCGGUUUGAACAUGCCACGUAUACUAGAUCACUGUGGAAAUCGUUCAAUUUAUACACUUGAACCACAAGACUGUGACAGAAUUGACAACACAGACACAGGAAACAAUAGACGGAGACGCUCUUGGCCAGUUGGAAACUACUGCUGUCACUACAAACCGUACAUAUCUGUACGCUGUGUGAUAUCGGAAGUCAGAUGUACCAGGACCAUUUUUGGAAUUUGUCUUCGGUGGUGUAGAGUGUGUGUCGAGUACGCAAUAGUAGUAUUAACACAGAAACUGUGUCAUUAUGGAUAGACGAUUACAGGAUUUAAGUUUUGCUGAUUUCAGUUCAUGAAUUCUAAAUGUCUCUAGCGAUGUGCUUACAAAAAUAAUUACGCGAAUAUUGAAACAAACUAUUUCAAGAAUUUGAUCUGAAAUGACUUGUAAGAUAUUACUGGUUGGGUUUUACUACCCACUCGUGGCCUUAAUUUGAACUUGUGGUGGCUGGAUUCGGUCCUUUUAUAUUUCAUGAUGUUGAAUGCCGUGUUUUAACAUUUUCUACGAAACAUCAUUUAUUUGUCUCUAUACGAGUGUAUUAGUAUAAUGAUAAGGUAAUUGAACAUAAAUAAAAGUAUAUUUAAUAAAUUAGGCUAUCGAUACAGGUUAGCAGUAGCAUACUUUAGGAAUAUCGAUAUGAUAUAUAGGAAAUAAGAUUACAUUAUCUUAUCAAUAUAAUAGAACAAUAGAUACCAUUACCCUAUCAAUACAGUAGAACAAAAUAAUACAUUACCUUAUCGGUAUCAUAGAUGCGGUCGAUAUAUCACAACAAAAUACAUUAGAAUACUGAUAUAAUAAAACAAUAGUAUACAAUAGCCUAUCUUUAAAAUAGAGCAAUAGAAACUCUUAGCCUAUCGAUGUAAUGGAGCAACAGAAUACAGUAUCCUAUUGAAACAACAGGACAAUAGAAUACAUUGGCAUAUAGAUAUAAUACAGAAAUGGAAUAAAAUAGCCUAUUGAUGUACUCAUACUUCACUGUACAGUUCUUACUUCAAAAAGUCUUAGUAAAACAUUUAAUUAUAUUUCUACUAUAAGUACUAUAAUUUAUGAUAAUCAGUUUUCAAAGUAUGGUGUUUAAUAAAUGUUACUGCAUCGAAAAAAGGUUGACUGGUCGGUAAUAAAGCAUGUUAUUAUUUAAGAUUUUGAUAAUAUAGUUGGAAUUAAAAUGAAAUACAGUAUUGCUUUUUAGGAUGUCAUAUCUUUACCUUUAAAUGACAUUGAAAUAUUGGAUACAAACUCUUGUUACAAGCUGGUUAUUAAACAAUGGUGUUCUAAAAACA